UUCAACAUGGCUGACAUUUGUUCGUAUUCGUAGCUUGCCAACUUUACGUUCGUGCAUUUCUUUGUUAUUAUUUCACCAAUUCGUCUUUAGUUUAAAGCUUCAAUUUGUUAUCAUAACAUUGUUUAUUAUUUGAAUAUUACAAUUAAACAAUUACGAAUACUCCAAGUGACCGGAAUAAGUGCGAAAAUCAAGUUCAAACUCAGACCCAUCUCAUCUCAUUCAUCGUCGCGAUUCUCUUUCAAUAUUGACACGGUGCGCAGACCAGAAAAUCCAAGAAAAAGAACUUCCAAAGAAGAAUUCAAUUUUGUAGUUUUUCUAGCCUUUGGAAUUAAUUAAACGAUUUAAAUUAUAAAUAAAUGUGCUCCAAAUGUGAACGAGAACAGUUUGCGUUUAAAUUGAUUUCGAUUUUCAGGAAGAAAUUUGACUUUCGGGCGACGGCAACAACGACGAAGACGACGACAACGGCGACAGCCCCCAAAGGAAUUCAUACAAUUUGCAAUUAUUGAGAUUCCAUUCGAUUUUUUGUCUUUCUUUCGAUUCUUCUUACAUUUUCCUCCGUUUUGUGGGUUUUAUUUGGAGGAAAAUUUACAAAAUAAGGAAAAUCCAUUCGCCCCCCUCCGUGGUUCAAUGAAACAUACAAAAUAUCCGCGAAUAAAAGUGCGUAAGAGUGAAAAAUAAAAUCAAAGGAAAAUAAUAUUUUGAAAAGAAAAUAAAAGAAUUUGCUCGUUGACCAUUUAGUGCGAGAAUAUUGAAUGUGUAGCCUCAGUGUUUCUUAUUAAAAAUAGAAAAAUAAAAUAGAACGAUAGAAGCCAAAAUUCUAAAAUUGUUGUUGGCUAAGUUUGUGGAUUUAUUUAGUGAUUAUUUCCUAUUCCUACAACAAAACUGAAAUUUGCUCUUGAAAAUCAUUCAUAUGCAUCUGCAAAGUGCAACAGAGAUUCUACAACCACGGCCUAGUCGAGCUCGAGCUUGAGCAGCUGCUUCGUAUUCGGAUUUAUUUUGUUCACUAUCGACGCGAACGCCUAGGCCGAGUCCGAGGCCGACAGCUACAGCUACAACUAAAGCGACAGGGGCAGUUGCAGUUGGUGCAUUUCCCUGCCCUAUCGUCCUCGCCACACAAAUUGGAUUAGAUCGAUGGGGUGAUCGUGUCUUGUGUGUGACUCUUUGAUUUGUUUAAUUGGAAUAUUUCACAUAAGGGAUCGUUUAUUCCGGCAAUCCCAGCAUUCUGACAAUCUGGACAGCAAAAUUCAUGAUUAAACAUUUGCGAGCAUCGAUCAGGACAGUUCUUAAGUGUCGGAAGCAUAAUUUCAUCUGAAUAUCAAUGAGAUUCAAAAAAUAAACAUAUUAAUCUACUGCAACUGCUUUUAUAUUAAAAACGGUCGCGUGUAUAAUUUUUAUUUCUAAAACAUUAAUCUAACAAUAACAAUAACAAAGUGCCUUUGAAAACAAAAACAACAAAAUAAAAAUAAAAACAAAAAUGUGUGAUACUAUCUGCAAAUUAAUGGAAUUUAUAUUUUAAACAAACAAAAUUUGAAGAAGAAACAAAAAUAAAAGUCUAAUUUAUUAAACAUAGGAUAUAGGUUUGAAAUAAUAAUAAUAAUAUUUAAUUAUACUCAUUUAUGGAUAUUUAUAGAAGAGAAAAAUAGGUUAACUAACGCGUUAGUAGUUAAAAUAAAUUAAUUAAUAAACAUUUUGUGAAUAUGUGAUAUGAUUAGGAGGGAGUGUCACAAGAAUGCAUCCAGCGGGCGGAAGAACGGGUCGCCCCGAAAAGUACACAGAAGAGGCGCUGUUGAGUAUUAAACAAGAUUUGACUCGUUUUCAAGUACAAAAGGAUAAUGCAGCGCAGACUGUUGCUGCUCUCCGGUACAAGGCGGCCAAUGGCCGACCUGAUCUACCCGAGUACCAUCCCAAACCUCCAAUGGAGCCGCCACCACCACAACAACCCACAUCACAGGGGAACGGUCAUAUGCCGAAGGUGAUGUCGAUGCUGGCGCCAAAACUUAAUCGCAAACCAAGUAUCGAACGUGAAUUACCUCUGCCAUAUCAUCGCUGUAGUCCAGCACUGGAUUCUGGUGCAGGCAGUUCUCGUUCGGAUAGUCCACAUUCGCACUCUCAGCAAGUGACAUGUGCAAGUCGCGCCAGCACCGGCCAAUACAGUCCAUCGCCAUCAAGUUUCAGUGAUGUGGGCCCACCACCGCCAGCGCCGCCACCACGAAACUCCUCAACAUCGUCAACACCCCCGCCACCCGCCCAGUUCUAUAAACGAAGAUCACCGGCAACUGCCCGGCCAGUGGCAUUGUCAGCUCCAAAUCCUACACGGGGUACAUCACCCGUAUCGGUUACAGUGUCGGCCAAUUCGGUAGCAGCGGCAAAUCUUCGUCAAGCACCUGUGAUCGCUCAAAAUGGUUCGAAAGCUCAACAGCAACUUACGCAUCAAAUGAAAGCCCUAACCCUCUACCAAAGCGGUGGAAAUUCUGGUGAACCACCACCACCGUAUCCCAUAAGUACAGGCCAAGGGUCAGCGCCACCACCCAGCUACACAGCCUCAAUGCAAAGUCGACAGAGUCCGACGCAAUCACAAUCCGACUAUCGGAAAUCACCCAGCAGCGGAAUCUAUUCGGCAACAUCAGCUGGCUCACCAUCACCAAUCACCGUUACAAACAGUGCAAUUCACCCCCUACAAGCAUCCUCGCUGGCGAGACCACAGCCAUGGGGAGCUUACCAAACGCGCACCCAGCCUCCAAUCAUAAUGCAAUCGGUUAAAUCCACGCAGGUUCAAAAACCAGUCCUUCAAACUGCCGUGGCACCACAAUCGCCUGUCUCACCAUCGGGUUGCAACUCACCUGUGCACAUUCUUGCAGCGCCACCAUCGUAUGCGCCAACAAUUCAAGCUAAAGUUGCCCAACAACAGCAACAGGUGGCUUCGCCUAUGAUUGCUGGAACAACCACGAUAUCGCCGAAACCAUCUGUUUCUGCCCCAAAUGCUCAAAUCCCAUCAACGCCACCACCUCUCAUUGUAGGUGGGCUUAAAGAACCUCCGUCUUAUGCUACUAGUAUGCAAGCCAAGGCUGCUCAACACCAUCAAGUUCAGCAGCAAAAGCAUCAACAGCAACAACAGCAACAGCAGCACCAACAGCAACAACAGCAGCAGCAACAACAACAACAACAACAGCAACAACUUCAGCAACAACAACUUCAGCAACAACAGCAGCAACAACAACAACAGCAGCAGCAGCAGCAGCAACAACAACAACAGCAAAAGCAAGUUCCGGUUAGUAGCAGGCAACUUCCUCCUCCUCCGCCAUACCAUGCGAACAGCAAUAAUAACAACAACAAUAGAAAUAACAACAAUCUAGAUAGUAAGCCAAAUAGUAGCAACAAUAACAAUAGCAACAACAACAACACCACAACUCUACAUCCUUCGAAUAGUAAUAAUAAUUUAUUAAACAUCAACUCCACAACAACUCCACCACCAAUCCCGCCAUCGAAAAACAACGGCACCGCCUCCAGCAGUGCUCCCAUGAUCAGCCAAGUUGCCAACAGCAACAACAACAACAUUAACAAUGCCAACAAUCCAUCAAGCAAAAGUGAUAAUUGCCGAAAGAUCAAACACCAGUCACCAAUUCCUGAGCGUAAAAAAGUCUCCAAGGAAAAGGAGGAGGAACGUAAAGAAUUUCGAAUACGGCACUAUUCGCCGCAAGCCUUUAAAUUCUUUAUGGAACAGCACAUUGAGAACGUGCUAAAGUCAUACAAACAGCGAACCUAUCGCAAAAAUCAACUAGAAAAGGAAAUGCUCAAGAUCGGUCUGUCAGCGCAGACCCAAGUUGAAAUGCGUAAAAUGCUAAACCAGAAGGAGAGCAACUACAUCCGACUGAAGCGAGCGAAAAUGGAUAAGUCAAUGUUUGUGCAAAUUAAACACAUCGGGGUGGGUGCAUUUGGAGAGGUGACAUUGGUGAGGAAAAUCGAUACAACAAAUCAUUUGUAUGCGAUGAAAACUUUGCGUAAAGCCGAUGUUUUGAAGAGGAACCAAGUGGCGCACGUGAAGGCCGAGAGGGAUAUUUUGGCCGAGGCGGAUAAUAAUUGGGUUGUUAAGCUGUACUAUAGCUUUCAGGAUAAAGAGAAUUUAUACUUUGUAAUGGAUUAUAUUCCCGGUGGGGAUCUGAUGUCGUUACUUAUUAAAAAAGGAGUUUUUGAAGAACCUCUGGCUAGGUUCUACAUAGCUGAACUAACAUGUGCCGUUGAAAGUGUCCAUAAAAUGGGUUUCAUUCAUAGGGACAUUAAACCAGAUAAUAUUCUGAUCGACAGAGAUGGUCAUAUUAAAUUAACCGAUUUUGGGUUAUGUACGGGCUUUAGGUGGACUCAUAAUUCAAAAUAUUACCAAGAAAAUGGUAAUCACUCACGGCAAGACUCAAUGGAACCAUGGGAAGAUAUGAUGGAAAAUGGUACCCGACCAACUGUGCUGGAAAGGAGACGAAUGCGGGAUCAUCAACGUGUUCUAGCCCAUUCAUUAGUUGGUACACCAAAUUACAUUGCACCUGAAGUACUCGAGCGCAGUGGUUAUACGCAACUAUGUGAUUGGUGGAGCGUCGGUGUUAUUCUCUAUGAGAUGUUAGUCGGCCAACCCCCAUUCUUAGCAAAUACACCAGUUGAGACACAACAAAAGGUUAUAAACUGGGAAAAAACUUUACACAUCCCACCACAGGCAAAGUUAAGCCGCGAAGGUAGCGAUCUAAUAUGCCGAUUGUGUUCAUCAGCCGACAAACGGCUGGGCAAGAAGGCUGACGAAGUGAAGGCACACGACUUCUUCAAAGGUGUCGAUUUUGCAGACAUGCGCAAACAAAUAGCCCCAUAUAUUCCAAAGAUUGAGCACCCCACGGAUACGUCCAACUUUGAUCCUAUUGACCCGGAUAAACUGCGCUCAGCUAAUGAGUCAAAUUUGAGUAUGGAUGAUUUGGACGAUACGGGUAAGCCGUAUCAUGGAUUCUUUGAAUUCACAUUUAGGAGAUUUUUCGAUGAUAAGCUCAAUCCGGACAUGAUGGACGAUCAAGCACCGGUAUAUGUAUAAAAGUGAGAGAAAAAAGUAACAACAAAUCAACCACAAAUAGGGCGACGAAAGUUUAGUUUAUAUUCAACAAAAGAAAACAAAAACAAACAAAUGUUUUUAUUUGUUCUUUUCUUACAGACCUUUCUUCUUUCUUUCUUUUUUUCAUCCCUAACCAAAACUUUACUAAUAAAUUAUUUUUAUUUUAAGUUCUUCCUUGUCUGCUUGCUCCUCCUUUUUUAGCAAUAAAUUGCAAAACUUUUGUUAUUAGGACAAAAUUUCUCGUGAAAGGCCAAAUCCAAAAUCCACCGCAAAUAUUUUAUUUUGUUUAUUUGAAAAAAAUAUUACAAUCAAAUUAGAUUUUCGAAAAUUAUAGAUAAAUAUUUAAAAAAAAAGAAAACAUAAUAUUAAAUAGAAAAAUCAUGUGGGUGGGAAUAACAGAAUAGAAAUGUUUUGAAUGCGUUUUAAAAAGUAUUAUAUUUGAUAUUCAUUUUAUAGGAAGAUUUUUAAAGUUGAGAGUCGAAAUGCAGUAAUUUUUUUGAGUAUAGAUUUUGUUCUCAGGUUAAUCCAGGGAAUCAGUUUCAAUAAGUUCUUGAGUUUUGUGGCUUUUUCUUCUUGUAUAUCUUUUUGGUUUGGCUAACCAUAUUUUUCUUUAUUUUAAUGUAUCUUGUUUUCUGUUUGGAAUUUAAUCGACUUUGAUUUGAAUGGAAUAGUCGCAGUCAUGAAGUGAAAAUUUUCGCAAUGAAAAUUCUUUAACAAUCAUUUAUCAUUUUAUAACAUAUUUAAACUCAAAUUUAUUGCAAAUACAAAAUUUUGAGAUAUUAAUGAACAAUUAAAUACAAAAUAACUAUUCACUCAUAAUCUAAUGUUCGCUGUUUUUAGACUGUAGUGACUUUACUUUUCCAGGCAUGUGGCAAUAUUAGUUUUAACGUCAUAUUAUGGAAAACUUUUACAUUUAAAGCUAUUUUCUGUUUUUAUUUAUUUUAUCUACAACCAAUAUUACAGCUAACAGGUAUAAGCACUCCAAGAGCAAAUUUAAAAGUGAAUGAAUAUAACACUUCAGUUUUAAAUUUAUUACGAUUAAAAUUAAAAAAGUCAAUAUUUGAAGACACUUCAUUGAAAUA